AUGGCGGGCUUAUUCGAUUCAAUGCAACAGGAUCCAAGCAUGUCCGCCUACUCAAUGUUCGGCGCAACCCAAUAUCCCGAAAACCUCGCCUUUUGGCAUGAUCCCUCCGCCGCGCCAAUAACCGUGCCUACCCCGUCAUAUUCAAAGCAACCAACUUUACUCCACCCUAUCUCGGACCAAAAGAAACAUAAACGCACCCGGAGUGGAUGCUUUACCUGUCGCGCUCGCCGGAUCAAAUGCGAUGAAUCUCGCCCUAUGUGCGAACGCUGCCGGAAAGGAAAUCGUGAUUGUGUCUAUCCGUCCCCCACAUCUAGCUCGUCCAAGGUUAGCGCUCGUACCUCGGCCAAGGGGCGUGGUGCGCGCCCGCCUUCUCAGGGAAGUGAUUCUUCUGGGAAAAUCGAGACGGAGGAGAUCAAUGCCUUGGAACCAAUUAUCGAUGAAGAUGAAACCGAUAGUGCCGCCGGGCAGGGUUCGCGACCCUCGCCGUCUAGCGUCACAAGCCAGACUCGGCCUGAUCUGCAUAGGACGCAAAGCGGGCAGUCAUUGCAAAAACCUAGCCUGAAGACAGUUUCCGAAUCGGGCUCGUUUUAUAUGGAUCCUGGUAGCUCCCCUUCUACGGAGUCGUCGUCGCGAUUUGAGUCGGUGAGCGUGCGGUCGGCGAGUGUGACGCAGUCGACGGCUGAUAUGCUCAAUGCGGCACGAUUACCUGAGGAUGUGAGAUUUUAUCUCAAUUUUUAUCAAGAGUUCAUCACCCCGGGUCAUUUCUUCUUAAGACGAGGCAGUUUUACCUUCAUUCACCACAGCAUUAUCGAGCUUGCUCUACAAUAUGACCCUUUGCUAUAUGCUCUCGUGGGCUUCGCAGCCUACCACCACACAAUACAGAGUCCCGGCGGGAAACUAUACACAUUCCUAAAAUAUUAUAAUAAAGCCCUGACUUGUUUACGAAAGUCACUCGGAUCUGGAGAGGAGCACAGUGAAGCAACCCUGUGCACUGUUCUGGUCUUGACUACAUUCGAGGAAUACAUUGGAGACUGGGUAAACCUAAUAGAUCACCACCAAGCCGCCCACGCCUUAAUGCGAGAACUUCUCACACCUGAAUCCGCCAACUUAAACGAACUACACACCAACAUUUUCCUCUGGUACGCACGCUUCGAUGUCGUCGCGGGAAUUCUAGCCGGCACAGAAGCUAUACUCGGUCGAGAGUGGUAUCUCACCAAAGAACAAUUUGACGCAGAUCAAGCCGCACUCUACCCAUCCGAUGCACGAAAACAGCUCGAACUAGUCGCUUCCAUUAAUCGCCGAUUCGGCUUAGAUAUGGCCUCGCUCUACGCCAAGUUAUCUCAAGGAAUGAUCCCCUUCGAAGAAUUUGUCGUUCAAAACGAACUCCUCGGCCAAACAAUCGAGAGAGCAAAGGAUAUAAUGAGGGCUUUCGAUGACUCUGAGUACACUGUCCGCGAGUAUCCCGAUAAACAACCCUUGACAGAAGAUGAUAUCGUGGACCCCUAUGUUCCAGGACGGAUACACAAAGAAGCUCUCUGGGACGCAAACUAUAUCUGGAUUGAUCUCCUUUCUACAGAACUGAUGUACAAAUACCAAACAAUGUCAGCGCUGCGACAACCUCCCCAAACAGACGUGACAGAUCUAGCAUGGGAACAGGCCCAAUUAAUGGAGACAAUCGAUCGUUGGGGAGAUAAAGGGAACGGCGCUUUAAUCGGGUUCAAGAAUAGUAUUGGAAUAACCAGCAUGUUUCUUCCCCGAGACAUCAAGAAUCAGAUGUGGUCUCGGCGCAAGAUCGCCCAGAUGGAGCAAUCCGGCUACAUCUUGCAGCCUAAAUUCCGCGCACUCCUCUCCGCUAUCUGGCAAUUACCUGAAUUAAACCAUUGGUGGCUUCCGAACGACGAAGGUCUCUCAGAUCUUAUUCGCGAUAUCCGUAAUAUGACCGAUGAUCGCCUAAAGCAGCCACGCGAUGACUUCCGCUCCAACGUGCGCGACAUGAAGUCGAUGUUCUGGUCCCUUAAUAUGAAUGACGAGGGUGACGAACUGAGUCCUGGUAGUAGUCAGGGUGGCAGCCAAGGUGGUAGUCAAAGCGGACUCUACUAG